GACAACGGCCAACACACAGAACGCGACGACGCAAAAGUCAAUUGCGCAGCGCAUCGCAUUUACUUGUACUUGACAGACACAGACACAGUCAUGUCGCCAAUCAAAGCCCCGCCAAACCUCCCCGAGCUCGUCCGGACGGCCUUCAACAAGGCGCGCGCAUCAGGCGACGUCAACUUUUAUCCGACCCAAGUGACCUUGGUGGACGUCAAUUCCAUUCCUUUCCAACUCCGUUUCUCUCCUUCGCUAGCCAACAAGCCCAAAGCGCCUAAUCCCAACCCCAUCAUCCCCAGCGAAAAUGGCCUUCCCGCCGAACCCCCAAGAAAGAAGCCUGUCUUCGACCCCUUUGAUAAUCCCUCCCCUGCCAUGCUCGUCUGUCCGCUUCCUCCGCACCAUAACCUGGUGCUGAACAAGUUUGCGAUUGUCCCUGAGCAUUUUAUUCUCUGUACGAAAGAGUAUAAAGAGCAGACGGACUUGUUGGAGAGAGAGGACUUGGAAGCUGUGAGGGGGUGUAUUGAGGUUUAUCACCACCACUAUCAACAACAGUACAAUGGGGAAAGAAGAAGUGAUGAUGGAAAUGAAACAACAGAAGGAGGGGAAGAACCAAAGUUGUUUGCGUUCUUCAAUUGUGGUGAGCAUAGUGGGGCGAGUCAGCCGCAUAGGCAUUUACAGCUUUUGGUGGUGGAGAAGAUGAGGGAGGGGUUGGAAUGUGUUGAGACGGAGAGGGAGAUGGAAACAAUAGAGGAGGCCAAGGGAAAGAAGAAGAUGAGGUGGGAGGUCCUGGCGCAGAAACUGGUUGACAACAAGGAAACGGAAGGGAAGUUACUACCGUUCAAGACCUUUGCAGAGCGGCUGACGCCGGAAAUGUCAGGGGAGGAAGUACACCAGGUUUAUUUGGAGUUGUAUAGACGCGCUAGGGAGGCUGUGCGGCUGUAUCAUCAGCUGUCUUUACAACAGUCCCGUGCAUCACGGCAACCACAGCAAGAUUCGACGACAAAGGGAGAGACAGCAGAAGGGGAGGAAAAGGCCGACGAGAUACAAACAGGCGGCGAAGCAACCAUCUCGUACAACUUGGCCAUGACGCGGGACGUCAUGGUUAUUGUUCCUCGGCUGGCGGAAGGAUCAGCGAUAACGGGAAAGAAUCCGGAGACGGGAGAAGAGGUGGUGGUGGGCAAGUUAGCGCUCAAUGGGACUGUGUUGGCGGGCACGGCGCUGGUCAAGAGUCAGAGGGAGUGGGAUGCGUUGAGGAGGAAUCCGGAAAAGGUGGGGGAGUUGUUGAGGGUGAUUGGGGUGCCUAAUGAUUGUGAGGGUGAGAGGGGAGAGGGGAGGAAAGACGGGAGGAAGGGGAUGUUGUGAGGAGGUGGUGAGGAGCUAGCGAAGACAGGAGGUGGCAAGCUGCUAGAUGGAUGUCCGUUUGAACCGUCUACGUCCAUCCGUCCGUUGGAAGAGGCGGGCGGGCUGGUGUCGGGCCUCUUGCAGCUUGUGUGCCAGGUUCCGGUUCGUUGGUGAGACAAUUGAAUGGGCUUCUCCGGUUACCCGGACGGAGUUGGGCAUCACGACACUGAACGACAACGCAUCACCAUCGCUCCAGCAAUGAACGAUACCAUCAAUCAAAGCAUGUUUCUCUAUAACAUGAAAUCGAUAUUACAGUUCUGAACUGUGUCUACCUGUCUAACACCGCAAGUGGAAGUCUAGACCCAGUGACCACCGUUUGCAUCCUAUUUCCUCUCCGCCUGCCUUGUCUCCCGAACCGAGCCGAGCCCGCCAUAUGAACACCAGAAAAAAAAACGGAUAGGAAAAUGACAGUAGUGACGAAGAAACCCGCUGAAAUAUCCGAACUCCUGGAUGAAGUAAAAACUAAGUAAUGUAUGUACCGAAACGCAAC